AUGGCCUUCGACCUGCUGGAUCACGUCAGGGCUCGCUCCCGCAGCCUCGCCGUGGACAGAACUGCUGUUGCCAGGGCGAUCCUCACAUCUCCCACGGACUAUUCUACACAGAACUCGGACACCAGAAGGCACAGCAGCAUUCCACUGGGGCAAAUUAAUAGGAGUACCUCUCCUGUAGCCUCGCUGCCUGCAACUGUCCGGCAUCAUCGCAGCAUGCUUGAGGUGGAGGAGCCACCAAAACUCGGUCCCUGGAAGCCCCUUUCUUUCGACGAGCUUUACGCCAAUCCUAUUCAUGAUGCGGCCGACCCGGAGCACAACCACUCAAACCCUGAGACCAGGAUGGAACCCAAGGAGGAGCGUCGAAACAACGGCGAACACCAAACCAUGCAUUCAUCGAGUCAGGAUCUUCCUUGCGCCUCUGCAUCCAAGCCAAUACUACUUACACGCCAGCUUUUUGGAAUCAGCGCUGACCAUCUUCAUAGCUUCCUCCGGCAGUGAAUCCCCGGCGUUGGCCCCUUCCGGCUCGCCUCCCAAUGUUCCCAGCCAGCCGCCGCCCGCGGUCACUGACAACCGGAACAUUGUCCGACGAAAGCUGACCGGCUAUGUCGGCUUUGCCAACCUGCCCAACCAGUGGCACCGCAAGAGUGUGCGCAAGGGCUUCAACUUCAAUGUUAUGGUCGUUGGUGAAUCUGGCCUGGGCAAGUCUACCCUCGUCAACACCCUCUUCAACACCUCCUUGUACCCCCCCAAGGAGCGCAAGGGCCCUUCCCUGGACAUCAUUCCCAAGACCGUUACCAUCCAGUCCAUCAGCGCCGACAUUGAGGAGGCCGGUGUCCGUCUCCGCCUGACCGUUGUUGACACUCCUGGAUUCGGCGACUUCGUCAACAACGACGAGUCGUGGCGACCCAUCGUCGACAACAUUGAGCAGCGAUUCGACGCCUACCUCGAUGCCGAGAACAAGGUCAACCGCAUGAACAUCGUUGACAACCGAAUUCACGCCUGCGUCUUCUUCAUCCAGCCCACCGGUCACUCCCUCAAGCCCCUCGACAUCGAGGUCAUGCGCCGCCUCCACACCAAGGUCAACCUGAUCCCCGUCAUCGCCAAGUCUGAUACCCUCACCGACGAGGAGAUUGCCAACUUCAAGGCCAGAAUCCUUGCCGACAUCAAGUACCAUGGCAUCCAGAUCUUCGAGGGCCCCCGAUACGAGCUCGAUGACGAGGAGACUAUCGCCGAGAACAACGAGAUCAUGUCCAAGGUCCCCUUCGCUGUUGUUGGUGCCACCAACGAGAUCACCAGCGCCGACGGCCGAAAGGUUCGUGGACGUGCCUACCCCUGGGGUAUCAUCGAGGUCGAUAACGAGGAGCACUGCGACUUCGUCAAGCUCCGCCAGAUGCUCAUCCGUACCCACAUGGAGGAGCUCAAGGAGCACACCAACAACCUACUCUACGAGAACUACAGAACCGACAAGCUCAUCGCUAUGGGCGUGUCACAAGACCCCAGUGUCUUCAAGGAGGUCAACCCUGCCGUCAAGCAGGAGGAGGAGCGUGCUCUACACGAGCAGAAGCUCGCCAAGAUGGAGGCCGAGAUGAAGAUGGUCUUCCAGCAGAAGGUUGCCGAGAAGGAGAGCAAGCUGAAGCAAUCCGAGGAGGAGCUCUACGCUCGACACAAGGAGAUGAAGGAGCAGCUCGACCGUCAAAGAAUGGAGCUCGAGGACAAGAAGCAACGGAUCGAGAGCGGACGACCGCUGGAGAAGGAGGGCAAGCGAAAGGGCUUCUCGCUGCGUUAAGCUGCCAGCACCCUGACGACUUGUGGACUUCGUUUUCCCCCCUUCAUUAUCCAUGUCUGAGUACCCAUGAUGCCCAUACAAUACCAGCUCGACGCCCUUCGUUCCUUUCGAUUCUUCUAUUUUGUCGCCUCUUUUCUCUCACCUUUUUUUAA